CAUGUAGCCUCGACACAUCUUCCAGAUCGUGUAGAGGGAUCCGAACGUACCAUAUCCACUCAGGAGAGAAAGGCUGGCAGUUCAUUCAGUUUCAGUCACUCCAAAAGGCUACAUUAAUUGAGAGAGGGUGUGGAUGAUCUGAAAGCACUCUUUCCUUCGGGGGAAACGCUAACGAGACAUGCCAAACUAAAGGAUUUAAACGCGCAGUUAACCAGGCAGCUUGGAUUCCGGGAUGCGUAAAAGCACCUGAUGGGAUGCUAAAAGGGGCACAAUUCUACGUUGGUUAAAUAACUCUCCUUUUACAUCGUGGAUAAUAUGAAAAUGACUAUUAUAACUCCAUUGUUUCUGCUCUGCUUGACAUUGUUGGUCAGCACAACCGAGAGUGUGGCGGAGAUAUGCAGGGGGACGCAUUGUUUCAACUCUGAGGACUGGACCAGACCUUGUACAGGGGCGCAUUGCCAGCGGCGAACGGACGCAGCACCCCAACACUUAAACCCCCUAACGCAAGACAGGCAAGCGUUUGUUAAGCCCCUUUACCAGGAUGCCCAUACUAACCCUCAGACCAGACGUGCACAGGUACCAUACACUAUCAUUCAACCACAUCGUGGUGGCACGGCCACAAGCGACACGCAGAAAGCAAACCCAAGGACCAUUACCGCUGAGGUGUACAACCCCGGGUGCAAAGGAGGGAAUUGUCAAGCUUCCCAGCCGCGACCAACGAGAACUGAGAGUGUCCCCCGGGAAUGCAAAGGGAUUGAAUGUAAACUACCACUCAGGAUGCGACCCAAGCCGAAUCCCCAACCGUGCAUUGGCGACAGCUGUGUCACUGGUGGUGGCGAAGACCCGAGAGGGCAGCAGCCCCCCUUGGUUCAUGACAGAGCGGCGCAGUUUCUUGGAGAAUUUCCGGAGUUUGGAUCAGAACGUGGUUCAUCGCCUCUGGGAAUACAGUUGACAUGCGACAUCAAACCAGGUUUAGCGUGUGACCCUCUGGCGUACAGAUUUUUCUACAAUUAAUUUUAAAAUGAUCAUGCUCCCAAAGUAAUUCAUAGUUUAGCUAGCAGUUAAUGUUACCAGAAAAAAUAUAUAAUGUAAGUCUACACCAAUGAGAGUUCAAAUGUACUCUGAUUUAGUUUAUUUUUAAGACUUUACACUAGUGUAGAGUGAAUGCAACAAUAACCAGUUGGCCAGUGUUAAUUCUCAACUAUUUACAGUUACAGAAACUCUGUGAAAAGGUUAAAAAGAUAGCUGUAGUGUGGGAUAAUAUUUACUUUUUGAAGUGUUAAAUGUAACACAUUUAGAGUUAAUUUAACACUUGCAAUAUAAAUGAGGUCAAAUACAGAUAUUAGAGAAUAAAGGUAUUGAAACCAUAUAUACUUUCCUAGAAUAUAUGAGUCUAGCAGGAUUUAUAACCAAUAUAUCACUGCAACCUCAGAACAAUUGAGUUUGAUCAUUCAGACUGAAAGGUAUUUUUGUAUGCAAACAGCAGCCCCCUAUGUAAAUGAUCAAUGUGAUGAGUGUUUAUAUGUGUGCAUGAAAAGUAUUUGUGUGUGUGUGUGUGUGUGUGUGGCUGCGGGUGAACACAUGAAUCCCUAGCUACCCUGUCCUCCCUCCAACACAGGCAACAACGAGGUGCCCUCGGAGGACACCCUGGUGCUGCAGCUGCGUCUGGCCAAGGGCCAGGAGAAGCUGGUGGAGGCGCUGAAGGGCCAGCAGGACGACAUAAGGGAGCUGCAGAGCAGACUCAGCCAACAGCAGGGGACGCUGGUCAGCCAGCAGAGAGAGAUCCUGGAGCAGCAGGGCAGACUGAGCCAACAGAUGGACCAGGUCUGGAACCACAUCUGAAACAUUGUGGUUUCCCUUUGCUGGAGGGAAGAAUUCAUAGACAUGAUGCAGAGCUUGGCUGUUGCUAUGGCACAUAACACCUGCUGUGUUAUUAAUAGACCACUGGAAGGUUUAAUUUAUUUAUUUUCAGCAACAUUUUGGUAAUAAACCUUUAAUUAAAUUUUCCUAAAACCAUCCAAUAAAACAACAAAAAACGGUUAUUGCAGUGCUCUGAUGAAGGAUCUUGCUCCAAAACACAUCAACAUUAUUGAAAGUUGCCAUCCUGAACCUUCUUUCAGCAAACCAGUAAAUGCAUUGCUUGCUGUUUGGUGUUUUAGGCUGGGUUUCUGUAUAGCACUUUGUGACAUCUGCUGAUGUAAAAAAAAGGCUUUAUAAAUACAAUUUGAUUGAUUGAUUUCUGUGUUUGGUCUCAUCUCAGGUCAAGGCCCAGUAUGGCCUAGUCCUAGAGAACGUCAAGCAGAUGUCAUUCCAGCAGGAGGCGCUAGAGAGCCACGUGGUGGCCCCCAGGGGCCAGGCCAGGGCCCACCACAGGCAGGCCUACGCUGUGCACAAGGUGGACAUGGAGGCCAGUGUGAUGGACGUAGAGCUCCCCAUGUUGGCCUGCGGCUCCUGUGGAGCGGAGGAGUACUGCGACUUCAGAACAGGUCGGCCGCAAUGUGAGAGGUGCACCAUCUGUCCAGCGGGCUUCUUCCUGGUGUCCCAGUGCUCCUUCCAUGCUGACAGGAUAUGCCAGGUGAGGAGAAGUGUUAGUAAUGUUGAAAAGACAACACACAAAUCAAAUGAAAAUGUAUAUGAAGUGCAUUGGCGGUAGAACAAGGACCGAACCCUGCGGAACUCCAGCUGUAAGCUUAAAGUAUUCUGAAUAUUCUAAAUGUAGAUGCACGAACACACCCAUUCAGGAGUUUUAUUAUGUUCCUGAGUGGCGCAGUGGUCUAAGGCGCUGCCUCGCAGUGCUAACUGUGCCACUAGAGAUCCUGGUUUGAAUCCAGGCUCUGUCGCAGCUGGCCGCGACUGGGAGACCCAUGGGCGGCGCACAAUUGGCCCAGCGUCGUCCAGGGUAGGGGAGGGAAUGGCCGGCAGGGAUGUAGCUCAGUUGAUAGAGCAUGGCGUUUGCAACGCCAGGGUUGUGGGUUCGAUUCCCACGGGGGGCCAGUAUAAAAAAAUAAAAAAAUAAAAAUAAUAAUAAAUGUAUUCACUAACUGUAAGUCGCUCUGGAUAAGAGCGUCUGCUAAAUGACUAAAAUGUAAAUUAUUAAUCAUGUUUUAUAUAUUACAGGACAGAGAUGAAUGCCUUGAAGUAGCAAACCUGUGUGCAGAACAGAAUAAAUGUCUAAACACUCCAGGUAAGAAGGGUUUAACCUGUUUGGUGAAAAACUCUUACUGUAUCAGCAAUCCUUUGUCCAUAAUCCUAUGCUACAUAUGACAAUUCCUCCUCCACUCACUCUAUAGUGAAGGUGAAAGAGUUAGAAAUGUUCUACUUCUGUAUUUGUGUGUGAGAGUUAACUUCUGUCCUCCACUGUUUCUAUGUGAACCAGGUGGGUUCAGGUGCCAGGGCUUGUCUGAGAGAGAGGCCAGCGCAGGCUUGUGUGGACACGCCUACUUCUACAACUCAGAGAUGGAGGAGUGUCAGGCCUGUCAGGAGUGUGAGGCGGAGCCAGUGGCCACACCCUGCACCUUCAUGAGUGAUACUGUCUGCUCCACCCCUUCCACCACCGACAGCAGCAGGCUGUCCAUGGCCUGGGCGGGGGAUGUGACCCUGCCUCCUGCCAAGAGCCAAGCCCCUGGUCACGCCUUCCCCAACCUGCAGCUCCACAUCCAGGGGCGGGGUGACAGCAAUCUGCUGUCCACCGAAGACGGCCAUCUGGUGCUGAGACAGCACGGCCUUGUGUGGGCAGACGAGAACUUGGCCCUGAGCCACGGAUGCCGCAGUUUCGUCCAGGUGUGUCUGCAGUUUAACGCCAGUGACCUGGCCGAGGGGCGGGACCUUGGUGGGGUCAGGGUGGAGCAGCGGGAGGGAAAGGCACUCCAGGGUGCCAGUGUUAGUGGGGUGGCAGAAGUUGCUCCAGGAAGUAUGCUCUCCCUGCUCCUCAGGAGCGCCAGCCACCAUUGCAACCACACAAGCGAUGGCCUGCGCCUACAUGACCCCUCUGUGGCCCCUCUCAGCCUCUUCUGGCUGUCCCAUGACACCGGGGCCGUUGCCAUGGCGGCGCAGGCAGUGUCAUCGGCGCACUACCACACCAACUACCGGCCCGCCUUCAAGACCACGUCCACCUCUGACCCGUACGUUGUGGGGCUGACUCACGAUGGGCGUGGAGUGCGCUUCACCGAAAGUGGCACGGUGCGCUUUGUGUUCCAGCAGGCACUCUACUCCAUGGGCCAGGCGUGCGUGACCGAAGGCUUUCACCUGCUGGCCUACAUCAACCGCAAUGGGAGCAGCAUGGAGCUGACUCGAACCUAUAAGACGGGUGUCCACUACCGCGACACGUCCAUCUCCCUGUCUGCUGCCACCAGGGUCGGCCCAGGCGAUACUCUGGGCUUUGAGAUCCUCUCCCCGGGGCAGUGCAACAUCCGCUACUUCGGCGACGACUCCGGCAUCAGCGCCCUCAGCUUGGUGUGGGUCCCCGCCGCCAUCUCCGCCGCCCUCUCCGCCUCAGUGGCACGCACAGGCUUGCCCUCCGGAGCGGUGCGCAACAAGCCCCUGUAUUUCCGCCAGGUCAGCCCCCACAUGCCGCAGGUGCAGGUUGGGCUUCCAGGGAAGGGUCGCGCUGAACAAGGACGCGAGUUUGUCUUCAUGGAGAGCGGGACAGCCAGCUUGGCACUGGACCUGAAGCUGAUCCACUCCUGCAACCCGGUUAAAGUCACCCUGCUCCGGCAUAGAGGCGAGGAGGCAGGGGAGGAGGGCAAGCCAGUGCCCCUGGCCCAGCAAGUCGGGGGCCAGAUGCCAGAGGGCAGUGAGUGGGCAAGUGUGGGGCUGCGGGCCUCCUUCCAGGUCCACAAUGGCACGGCGGUUUUUGUCACAUUGGACUGCGUGCGCGGACGGAUCAAUCAGAUCAGUCAUCAGGCGGGGAGCGGUGUCUCCGUACUGUGGGUGGCAGCAUAUCACUAG